ACUCAGAUGCACUAAGAUGGAGCCCAGAUAGUGUAUUGGGUAAACUAGUGUUUGCAACUGUGGGUGGGGUUGUGUGCGUGCGUGUUGGCUUUGUGUACACCCAUGCCCGUGUGGGACGGGUUUUGACUACGACAGUUGCUGUCAUACUGUUGGGGCUUAUCUCCGUCAUCUUCACACCCGCUGGGUUCCCAUUCUCCGCCAAUCCACAGGACCCUUCCCCUCAGAGGGGCGUGUUUGUGCACUUUGAUCGCAGGUUUCACUCUCACCAAGGACAGGUGGAGAAGAAGGAUGCCUACAUCUGGUACAAACCUAUUGACUACAUCGGUGGCAGAAUGAUGGAAACUUACACCCCCCAGGUGUUUGCCAGGGCAAAGAAAGCAUCCUGUGAUGGAGUCUACUGCGGACGGCCGUACUUGUACCCGAUUCUGGCACAAGUUGAUGCCAGAAAGACCUAUGACUUCCCGGCAUCCCCCAUGCAAGUACCAAGAGUGACGGUGGUGCAACAGAAUCGAACUCUCGUCAGCGACUCGGAGGUUCAACUGACGUUCAAUGUUUCAGGACCAAGUCAUGUGACAAUUUUCAUUUCUGGAUUUCCCCUGGUGAAACUAAAAAACUGGACGUGCGGCCAGGACUUCCCCGUUGAGAUCUUCACCGUCCCCUACAUCAAGGAGCCCACAUAUUUUGUGUACUAUUCUCAUGCAGGGCCAGACAAUGCCACAUGGGCGUUCUCCUUAAAUGUCGAGGUGGAAGGGAACAAGAACAUUAAUAGCUCACUAAUCAGGAUGGGAUUUGCUGGACAUUACCUGCAUGGACCAUAUCAGGUUACACCAGAUUUAAUAGCCUUGGAAGAAGAGUUACCAAACUGGAUACUAUUCGGCAGAUGGUCAGCCACGUACGACGAGUACAUCUUUUAA